AGUCUUCUCCUUCCCCCCUCUGUUUUUCUUCUUCAUCCCCACAUUCUCCACUCUUCAACCCCCAACUCAACAAAAUCUUUCUUUUUCUCUUUUCUCCUCCUUCAAUGGAAGAUGCAAACUUCUUCACCAAAGAGGGACAAUUAGGAACAGAGAAAAACCCUCAAAACCCAACUAAGUUUUAUACACAUUUCCUUCAGAAAGCUCUCAUAGUCACAAUUUUCUUUGUUAUACUUCCACUUUUUCCAUCCCAAGCUCCUGAAUUCAUAAACCAAACCCUGUUAAACAGAGGCUGGGAGCUUCUUCACCUUCUUCUCGUCGGCAUAGCUGUGUCUUACGGCCUGUUUAGCCGGCGGAAUGAUGAAACAGAGAAGGACAACCAUAACAAUGUUUCCAAGUCUGAUAAUGCGCAAUCCUAUGUGUCUAGAUUGCUCCAGUUCUCGUCGGUUUUUGAUGAUGAUGCCGAGAACGUUGCUGGGUCUGACGAGAACAAGGUCGUCCAGGCGUGGAACAGUCAGUAUUACCGGAACGAACCGCCAGUGGUUGUCGCGGCGAAUCCUUCUGUUCUUGAUGAACGGGGGAGUUCGGGUUCUGGGGUUGCUGAAAAGCCAUUGCUUUUGCCAGUGAGGAGCUUGAAAUCGCGUGUUUUGGACGCGGAUGAAACAAGUAAGGAACCUGUAAACCCUCGUUCUGUGAGUAGGUCUAAUUCCAAUUUGGGUUCGAAAAGGGUUUUGAAUAAACCUAGAAAUGGGGAUUUGGGAGGAUUGGAUCAUGGGAAUUUGGAGGAGAAAGUGGAUGAGAAUGUGGUUCUUCCUUCUCCGAUUCCGUGGCGCUCGAGAUCGGGGAGAAUGGAGGUGAAAGAGCAAACGGAGAGUCCUCCUAAGCAUACUCUGCCACCGGCAAUGGAGGAGUUUGACUUCAACAGGGUUGAAUCUCGAUCUUUCAGGUCCCGUUCGUCUCGAUCCAAUUCCACAUCCUCUCCGAAAUUUUCCACUUCUCCGUCGAUGUCUUCUCCAAGAAAGUUAUCUCCUGCGCCUUCUUUAUCUGCAGAACAAGCCAAAAGCUUAGAGGAUUCGGUGAAAAAGAAGAGCUUUUACAGGGCUCCUCCCCCUCCUCCACCGCCACCACUUCCCACUUUCAAAGCAUCAUCUUUUAAACCCAGUUCUAGAUUAAGUGAUAGCGAGGUUUUCUUCGAGAAGGAAUUGCAUAGAAGCUUCAGAAGUGAACCAAAGGACUUGAACAGAAAUGGAGAAGAGACAUUGAUGGACACAGUGAAUUCAGGGUAUGGUGGGAAGUCGAAAACAAUCCGAUCAAUUAAUUCUCUCACCGGAACACAACAAGUUCGAGAAACUGAACAGCUGAGCCGUGAAAGUUUCACAUUCAUGCCAAGACCAACAUACGUGGAAUAUCCGAGGGAAGAGAAACGACAAUUCAUUGAAAAUAUGACUCUGGAAAGCGAAACAGAUGAAGAUUCAGAUACUGAGAAGGAGGAGGAUGAAGAAGUUGCUGCUCCGAGCAGUGGCAUGGAUGCAACUUCUGAUGUGGACAAGAAGGCUGAUGAAUUCAUUGCCAAAAUCAGAGAGCAAAUCAGGCUUCAGAGGAUUGAUUCGAUCAAGAGAUCAAGUGGGCAGACGAGGAGAAAUCCAUCAAGGUAAUGCCAGAGAAUGAACAUACAGUCAGCCCUCUAGAAUUAUUUUCAUGGGGUGGACUUGAAUUUCCUUUGCUUUCUGAUUUUAGCUUUAUUACCUGUAAUCAAAAUCAGCUUUUUCUUUUCUAAUCCAAGACGAUUAUAUACAGCCAUAGACAUAUGAAAUUACUUUGUAAACCAGCAAGGCAAACUUCCCUGGAAAAAUCUUUGUGUUCUUCAAUUUGUUGGCUAUAUAUAUCAGAAUGUUACAACGUCUUUUU